AAACGCGUAAUUUUUAGACGAUCCUCAUCUCGAAGCGCCCCCUUUUGGCGCAAAAUAAAAAUACGUUGAAAUAUGAUGAAGUAUAACGAAAACAGUAAAAUAAAGCAAAAGAAUGCGCGUGGUUUGAAGUAUCGACUGCAAUCUCGCGCCACUGUUUCAACACAAUUUUUUUUUGUUCGUUUUUUUGUUCGUAUCAAAUCUGGCACGUGAAUACAACUUAAAAGCGAAGCCCUUUCGUGUAAAAAUACAAAUAAAAUAAAAGCAACGUUUAGUCAGGUUUGCCGGGCAGAAGUGAAAUCAGCUGACUGACAAGCUGACGGUCAUGUGACCGAACAAACACGGUCUCGAAGGAGAGCGGUUUUAAAUCAUAGCAUGUCCGCUUAUCAGUGCGCUUCAGCGCUGUCAUAGCAUACCCGGCUUCACAUAUGGACUUCGCGAUGUUAAUGUAAUAGAUCGUUUACGGUACAUCGUUUAACUGUGCUCACGAGCCUGUAGAUGCAGCAUCUCCACAGGGAAGCUUUUGAUCAGUGAAGCUAUCAGUGGCAAAUUACACCCCACCAGAGCAAGCAUGGCCUCUGAUAUCAACUAUCAGGAUGGCCCGGACCUCUCUAGAAGAGAUGAGAGCCCCGCUGAAGAUGAGCCCAUCCAUUCACCCGGUUCCCGGCGACAGACCGAAUACGAGCGAAUCGGAGGAAGGACAGGAUCCUCGUUUUUUCAGACUCUAAUUCAUCUGCUUAAAGGAAACAUUGGUACGGGGCUCCUGGGCUUGCCUCUGGCCGUCAAGAAUGCAGGACUCCUGGUGGGGCCCUUAAGUCUCCUGGCGAUGGGAAUCGUUGCAGUACAUUGCAUGAACCUCCUUGUGAAAUGUUCUCAUCAUCUAAGUGCAAAAAUGGGCAAGCCUUUUCUUUCCUACGGAGAUGCAGUGGAGUACGGCAUGGAGAACGUGUCGUGGCUGAGCAGACACUCUCUGUGGGGAAGGCGUGUGGUGAAUCUGUUCCUCAACAUAACCCAGCUGGGCUUCUGCUGCGUUUACUUCGUCUUCCUCAGCGAUAAUGUCAAACAGGUGGUUGAGACCGCGAACGGGACGACCGUGAACUGUCACAACAACGAGACGGCAGUGAUCGUCCCGAGCUACGACUCUCGCCUCUACAUGCUGUUCUUCCUGCCCUUUAUCAUCGUGUUGGUGUUUAUCCGCAACCUCAAGUACUUGGCCCCUUUGUCAUUUGUGGCAAACAUUUCCAUGUGUGGCAGCCUGGUUCUCAUAUACUACUACUGUCUGACGAAUAUCCCAUACCCCAUCAACCUCCCCCUGGCGGGAAGUGGAGUUGACUAUCCGCUCUUCUUUGGAACCGCAAUUUUCGCCUUCGAGGGAAUUGGAGUUGUGCUACCGCUUGAGAAUAAGAUGCAGAAUCCCAGAAACUUCACCACGGUCCUGUAUCUCGGCAUGGGCAUCGUCACCACCCUCUACAUCACCCUGGGCACCAUCGGCUACAUUGGCUUCGGAGAGAAUAUACGGGGCAGCAUCACAUUGAACUUACCGUUGUGCUGGUUAUAUCAGGUAGUGAAGCUGCUGUACUCUUUUGGGAUUUACAUCACUUACGCGCUACAGUUCUACGUGUCCGCUGAGAUCCUGAUCCCGCCGGCCGUGGCGCGUUGCGGUCCUAGAUGGGCGCUGAUGGUGGACCUCGUCAUCCGUGUGGCUCUCGUCGUCCUCACUUAAUCAAACACCGCCGACUCUCCGCGCCGCCUCAUUGAGGGCAGACAGGAUGUGUUUGACAGUGCCUUUUGUCUCAGAGAUGAAGAGAGACCAAGAGUGUGCAGCAUAUGACAUCUGAUUCGGAGAUCUCCUGAGAGAAGCUGGAGGGCCUCAUCUAGUGCUCUGAGCUGAGGCUCUUCUUCCUCCUCGUGUGAUCACAAGUGUAUGCAAACCCAUCAAAGGCCAGCGGUGGCUGGGCUGUGCUGAUAGUGCGGAUGCAGUAAGCAUGUGUCGCGGAGAAUAACGUCAGAAGACAAGAACGCUGCGUUUGGCAAGAGGACAGAUUCCUUUAUGCUUAAAGGGCUUCACGGCUGACUGACAUAUAGUUGGCAUAUAGUAUUAGUUUAUAAAGAGCCGUUUGUGCAAAAGAAUGACUUGAAAAGCAGGGAUAUGUAUGUAUACGUGUGCCAGAAACGCAUCAACAACAUAUAAUAACCAAUAUAUGUGGGUGAGAUUAGUUAGUUAGUUAGUUCGUUAGUUGUUCCAGUGGAAAGAUGUCACAAGGGCUGUAUUUGUUGCAUGUUUUAAUAGUUGAAAUUUUCCUUGGAUCAUUCAAGAUAUAGACUGCCUCGUAUUUGGAGACAUUUAGCAUUACGUCACUUACUCACCAAUGGAAGCAAAUGGGUGCCGUCAGAAUGGGAGUCCAAACAUCACAAUAAUCCACGUAAUCCACACCGCUCCAGUCCAUCAGUUAACAUCUGCGAUUCACAAAAGUCAUACGCUGCAGGUUUGCGACUGCACGAGAGUGAGUAAAUGAUCACAGCAAUGUCUUUUCUGGGUGAACCGUUCUUUUAAAGAUACAAAGGAAUUGUUGGAAACCGUUCUGGUUUGUUGAGUUGAAACGCUGCAGAAAUAGGACAUAUUGCUCAUUGCUUCUAAUCAAACAGUUUAAAGAUUUAAAUGCCUUAAAGGGAUCUGUAGAGUGUAAAAUCCCAAUUCACUCCAAAAAUCAUCUGACACACACUGAUAAAGUUUAUUUUGCGUGCUGUAUCUGUUCUUAUUAAUUCAUGAGCCGUUGCUCAGUCUCGCUGUGUCGCGAUAUUCUUUUUAAACAAGUUUAAUUGCUUUGGUAUUUCUGAUAAUCUCUUAAGACUCAUUUUGGACUGUCAGGAAACUGUUCCUCUCUGAUCUGAUGUUUUAUUUUUCCUUUCUGUGCUUAGUUUUAACUGUUCAGCUUUCAGGUUUUGGUGUACAGAAAAAUGAAACCGGAUUAAAGACUUAUUUGCCGUUUUUCAGGCUCUCGUGUUGUGGUUCGAUUUCAAACCAGACUUCAAAGCAAAGCAUACCAGCUUACCAAUACAUAAAUGCUGCUUUCCUCUUUUCUCCUAAUUCCUCUUUUAAGCUCUAUUAUUCUUUGCAAUUUGAUUUAAUUGACAUGGAAAUUCAAAAUAAAAGUGCGUUUUCCAUUUCAGUCGGAGUAAGUGACUGAUACUCUGAGACGAUGGCUAAAGGAAGUUUUCUCCUCCUCUUUCACCUGAACGAGAGCAGCUGCAGAGCGUGGCUGUUGAGGGCAGCAUUUAUUGUUUAUUCGUCCCUCUGAUUAACGCCAAAUCGUUUUGUUCUGGCUGGGUGUAUUUCAGCUGAGACUCAUGGACUCAUUUCAAAGCCUAGUUGACUUGUUUAUUAGAGCUAAAUAACCUCUUAGGGCUUGUGCAGUUGUAUUGAAAUGUAUAUCUGAGGUGCAAAUGUCUUGGCUAUUUUUUUUGCUGAAGCACUCUUUUCAUAAAAGGGAAACUCGUGAAGAAAAGCAGAGUAACAAUUUUUAAGUUUAUAGUUUGUUAUUUCAGUUCCAUUAACGUAGGGAUGAAUUUUUAAUUAUUUCAUUACUUGUGUAGUGCCGCUUUUGCAGUUUUCAUUAGCAUUUUUUUUAGCAGAUGGGUUCUGAUUAAAAAUGUAUAGUUACUGUCUUUGGUGUGAACCGCUCCUUUAAUGUAAUAUCUAAUAUCCCUCUACCUAACAAGCCAUCUGAAUCCGAUGUU